CGCUUCAGUGUGAGGCAGAGCACAGCGGGGAAACCUCCAUCUACUCUCACUAUUGGCUUGUUUUUAUCACCACUGAGGAAACGCCUCGCUCCCUGACCUUACUGUCUUGGAUUUAUGCUGUGUGGGAAAGAAAUCUGAUCAGGCUUUUCAUAAACAUACAGAGGAGAUAAACGGAGGUCUGCGGUCUGCAGCACAACAUAUCAUCUGAAAACAGGAGGAGAACCCAACGCCCUUUCCAGACCGACCAUGCAUACCUGCCUGGGUUGAUGUGUAAUUGAGAUUGAGGAUGCUUUUAUGGGUUUGCAUGGAUAAGCAUGGACUGUUGACACAUUGAGGUGCCUCCUGUGCAUGUUUCAUGGAUCGUUUUACGGGAUCAUAACCUGGUGGUUUUUCCUUCUAUCUCAAAGUCAUCAAGUUUGGAAGCUGAAUAACCAAUGAAUCGGGAGCCUGGAAGCCUCAAGCUGGUCUUCAGAUGCUUGUAGAGGCAAAGAUAGGCGAGGCUGCUAUGUGAUUUAUUGAUUGUUACACAUUCAUCAUAAGAUGGGGAACGGUUUCUCCAACAUUGCAGCAUUCCAGUCCCUGCACAUUGUGAUGCUCGGAUUGGAUUCGGCCGGUAAAACCACUGUACUGUAUCGGUUAAAGUUCAACGAAUUCGUCAACACCGUUCCCACCAUUGGCUUCAACACUGAGAAGAUCAAGCUCAGCAAUGGCACUGCCAAAGGCAUCAGCUGUCACUUCUGGGACGUUGGCGGGCAAGAGAAGUUAAGACCCUUGUGGAAAUCCUACAGCCGCUGCACGGACGGUAUUAUUUACGUGGUGGACUCCGUAGAUGUUGACCGACUUGAGGAAGCCAAGACGGAACUGCAUAAAGUCACCAAAUUCACGGAGAACCAAGGAACUCCUCUGCUGGUGAUUGCAAACAAGCAGGACCUUCCCAAAUCCCUGACGGUCACCGAGAUCGAGAAGCACCUGGCGCUCCAUGAACUGAGUCCUUCCACUACGUACCACGUCCAACCGGCUUGCGCCAUCAUUGGUGAGGGUCUCCAUGAAGGAAUGGACAAACUAUAUGAGAUGAUCGUCAGACGAAGGAAAUCUCUUAAACAGAAGAAGAAGCGAUAGACAAUUGCAGACUUGUAGAGACAUUUAAAGGGAUAGUUCACCCAAAAAGAACAACUCUGUCAUUUACUUACC